AUGGCACAACCGACCAUGGAGCAAGCUAUGCUUAUGUCUGUCCUCGGAUAUGAAGUUGAGACAGAGAAUCCCCUUCGCCGCGGCGUUAACCGAUCUCCCAGCUAUUUCGAAACACUGGGCCAGUACCGCAACUUGCCCAUCAUGCGGUCAGAGAAUUUCACCAAGUUCCUCAGACUUUACAAAGAAGAUCAGGUGGUAGUCCUUGCCCCUGAGAAUGGCUCUGGAGACACGGCACAGCUCGCGAAGCGAAUCCUGUACCUCGAACUCGACAGAGGCCUGCAGGUUGUCUGCACUCAGCCUAGGUCUGUCGCAGCCAAAGAGCUGGGUGAGCGCGUCUCAGCAGAGCUUGAAGUUACGUUCGGUGAACAGGUUGGUGUCCAGUAUCGGAAGUACAACAAGACCAGCAAACAGACUCGAUUGAAGUUCGUGACUGAGGGCAUGCUUCUCCAUCUAAUCAGGGACAAUACUGCCAUGGCCGGCUAUUCAUCCGUCAUCCUCGAUUUGUACGAGCCAACAAUAAACGUCGAUCCUCUUCUUGCUCUACUCAAGAAAGCCCUCCCUCUCCAUCCCGACCUCACAGUCAUCAUUAUAUCAACAGCCGAGUUCCAAAAUUUCGCUACUUACUUCAACGUUCCGCAAGCCCUCGGCCUCGGAGGGACUCCAUUCCCGGUUGAAUUCCAGUACAUAAACGAAGUUAAAUCUGACUAUUUCGAGGAGGCUUUUCGUCUAGUGAAAGAAAUCCAUAGGAACGCUGGCCCAGGUGAUAUCCUUGUCUUCCUGGCAUCUAACCUCCAAGUUAACCGUGCGGUCGCGAAGCUGCGUGGCGCUAUACCAGAUAUGGAGACUUUCCCAUGGCAUGCGAGUCUGUCUGAGGCAGAAAAGAAGAAAGCCCUUGGUUCUGGUGAGAGGCGCAGGUGUGUUAUUACUACCAACAUCGCCGAGCGUAGUGUCGCUGUCGUUGGCAUUGUCUAUGUCCUAAUCUUUUCUGUGGACACUGGUGUCGAGAUGCAGUCAGUCUUCAAUCCUUGCGUUGGAAUCUGGACCAUCCAAGCUGCGCUAAUCUCCAAGCCAUCCGCCGACCAGAGGGCUGCAUGCGCCGGACAAAGUCAGCCAGGGCAAUGUUUCCGCCUAUACAAGAUGGAGACAUAUUUUGAGAGCUUUCCCGAGGUCUCGCCCCCCAAUAUCCUAAAAGACUGCUUCAUAGCGGCCAUGUUAGCUUUGAAGAGUGCCGGGAUUCACUCUGUCGGUACUUUCGACUUGCUCGAUCCUGCGAAUCAGGAAGUCUAUCUCCGUGGGCUAAAGGACGUCAGCGCAAUGAAUCUCAUCGAUGAAGUCGGAACCGUCACUCCAGCUGGCAAGGCUGCCGCUACGCUUCCCAUCGAUCUCACCUGGUACAACGCAUUCGAUGAGGCCAUCAAGCUAGGCUGCCUGUCUGAACUCAUCGACAUCGCUGCUCUCGCGAGCGUGAAGAACCCCAUCUUCCUGAGACCACAUGACACACAACAUGCAGCCGGUUCGCUACACCGUCAAUUCAUGGCUCCCUUGUCGGAUCACAUGACGGAGCUCAACACUCUGUAUACCUAUUUACAGACAAAGCGCAACAUGUCGACUGAGCAGCUAGCUACCUGGUGCAAUGAAACGUUCCUGAGUUCUGAGGCACUAGAAGAGGCGUUGGGUCUACGAGAGGGUUUGAUCCAAUGGUGUAAAGCAAAACUUGGCGUCUCUGAGAUCUCAGGUCUUACCCCGCAUGACGAAGACUACCACGUCAAGAUCCGCAAAGCCAUCACCAAAGGGUUCUUUCACCACGCUGCGAUCAGGGACGCCUCUGAUCAAGCCUCCGAUAAAGCCUCCGAUAAAGCCUCUGAUCAAGCCUCUGAUCAAGCUGGCCGGUAUCGAACAAUGAAGUACUCUCCUGUUUGGAUUCAUCCCAAUAGCGCUCUUGGUAACAGCGAUUAG